CUGGUGUAUUACACAGACGUGCUACUCCAACACUGCAACUUCAUUGCCUAUGCAUAUGUAAUUCACAAUAAUAAAUAUAUUGUGUAUUACAGUAUACAUAGUGUAUUAAAGUAAACUAUAUGUACUACUAUAUUUAUACCUAAUUAUAGUAAUUUAUAUAUGUAGCAGACAUUAUGUUUACUCUGAUUUAUGACUACAAAGGUUACACGUGCAGAAACGUCAGUUGUAAACAGUAGGUUUUGGGGCCACUUCAGCAUAUAACAUCAUACAUGAUGAAGGUCUCCUCAGCCAUUCUACUACAAUUAUUUGUAAAUUCAUGGAAGGGUUUUAAUUCUUUAUCGGGAUGCUUAAUGUUUAUAGUAGAGACCUGAGCCACUUUGUAUCUGCAUAUUUUGCACGAAAUCCCCUGAUGUGAAAGCUAGGUGCUUGUAGUACAGUUGGUACUAGUGAAGUAAAUCGAGCCGCUGCCUUUGGACCCAAAGGUCGCAGGUUUGACUCCCACCACUCUGGCCGUAGUACCUUGAGCAAGGUACUUACUCCAAAGUUGCUCCUGUAAAACACUACCCCGCCGUGUAACUAAGUCGCUUUGGAGAAAAGCCUCAUGUAAAUACAUGAUGUACAACUUCAUGCAGGCCUGCCUUUUUUUGUUUGAAGGGAAGUUCAACCAUUAGAUUCUACGUAAAGGUACAUUAUAUAUUUACGACGAAUUCUGCACCUUAUAGACUCUCACUUUACGAUAAACUCUGUAUAAGUUUUAACACGCGUGUUUAUGGGAUGUAACUAUAUCAGUGAGGCUGUGGAUUAUUCCUGUAACCCAACUCCAAAUGUAGAAUUAAAGUGUACUAACCAUGUUUUUUUUAAGAAAAAAAAAAGUUAUUGUUCAGAAUCGAAGUACAUCCUCUUCACGGAGGUUCUGUAUUACUUGGGCUAUCAGGUUUUCUUCUGGACUUAAAAAAACCUUCCAGUUCUGUUUACACGUGUCCUGAAUAAAAGCUUUUGAACAGCUGGAGAGGCUAUUUCCUCAUUUUUAAUGCAGGGGGUUGAAAAGGAGCAACCUCGCAACGAGCUGCACAGUUCGGAGCACCGAUGUAAGGGUAACGCGCUCUUGUCUUGAAUAAAUGUGACCGUCGGAAGGUGUGGUUCGGGACUCGCGCUACAAUAGGUGUGCUGUGACGUCACGUCGAUACAAAGUUUUAACGGUAGGACAUUCAGCGCCAAAGAAACCCGAAACCUGGCAUCGAUUCGCUGAAUUACGGUAUCUUCUAUACCGCGAUUGCCAGAUUAUACGCUGCCUCCAUUCCCACCACGGCACGUGAAUGGCGUCGCCGCCGAUCCGCGUGCGUUUGACGGUGAGAGUUUAAAGAGAACUCCGCGCGCACGGCUGUUUUUGUUUCCUUUUCGUCUUUGAUUCCUCUCGGCGAUGCCGGACCCCUGUGUGCUGGCGCUCGGACUGGUCUCCGGCUGCGCGGGGUGGCUUUUCAACAUGAUCGCCACCGGAGCACCCAGCUGGAGGACAGUGCAGGGGGUGCCCGGCGCGGCAGAGGGCACCGUCAUCCACCAGGGCAUCUGGGACAUGUGUGUGGAGGUGCCCGGGAGCGACCUCGUGUGCCCCCACCAGGAGCCCGACUACUUCGCCGAGGGCGUGGUGAAGGCAGCGCGGGGGCUCAUGGUCACCUCGGUGGUGGUCACCGGCGGCGCGCUAGUUUCGGCUUUCCUCGGAGUUCGCUGCUGGAGACCGAGCCCGGACCUGCUGCUCGCGGGGCUGAGCGGUGUGGCGGUCUUCUGCGGGGGGAUAUUCUCCAUUAUUCCCGUGGCCUGGUUCACCAGUGAGCUGAAAAGCAUUAAAGCCAGCGGGACGGACCUGCGGGUCGGUUACUGCGUCGUCAUGGGUUUCAUCGCCAGCGCUUUUCAGUUCAUCGGAGGCGCCUGUCUCAUGACUUGCUGGUACGAUUUCUCGAAGAAGCGCAAAAGAGCAGCCCAGGCCAGGGCUCAUCCUCGCGACCCGCCCCGCUCAGAGACCUGCGCUCCGGACCGGACGUGUAGGGUGACAGCUGCGGUGGCGCUCGGUGACAUCGAACCACGAUCAUCAUCAUCCCGUCUUCGUGAAUCCGUUUGCACGGAACAGCGAGACUGAAGUUCGCGCUUCACUUCAUAUGGACGAAUACUGUCGUACGGCCGAUCAGGGUAAACGUGUAUGCAUUUUACUGAAAGCGUCCCGUAACUCUGUGCCGUUUUACUGGGGCAGCAGGUGGCGCAGUCGUUAAGGUUGCAGCCUUGCGCUCAAGGUUGGAAUCCAGCUCCCGCUGUGGGACUUUUGAUCAAAACUCUUACUCCGAAUUGCUGCAGUUAAGAAUGCCUUCCUGUACAAGUAAAAAAAAAAAAAACAAGUACCUUAUCUAAGUCGCCUUGAGCAAAUAUGUCAGCUAAAUAAAGGUUAA